GCACACUUGUGCUCUUCCCCCUCCAUUUCCACUUUUCUCCUCCACCCACUUUUCACUCUCUUUCUCUGAUAACCAAAAGAUCAAGAUUCAAUCACUUUGAACAAAAGAAAAACGAGAAGAGAGGAGGAAAAGAGCACCCAUCAAUGAGAUCUCCAGGUGCAUUUCAGAUGAGAUUUUCCUGGAGAGAUUUCUCUUGAAAAUCCACUACAAUCCUAGGACACCAUGAGUGAAGCCAGAAAAGCAUUGAGCUUGUUCAUCAUUCUCUUGGUUUGUUUCGCAAUUUGGAACGACAUCAAUGCUCAGGACUCUGAUUAUGAUCUGCCUGCAGCUCCUCCUCCCGCGGAAGAGAACUGCAAUGGCAUCUUCAUCUCCUACGACUUUGUCUCGAGGAAGAAGGAAUUCCCCCACGUGAAGAAUGCGUCGGCGCAGUCCUGGGCCUUCAACUCAACCGCGACGGUCUUGAACACGGGCACGCACGAGCUCCAGGCCUGGAAGAUAUUUAUUGGGUUCCAGCACCAGGAGAUUCUAGUAUCAGCAGGCGGCGCAGUCCUGGUUGACAGCGAGGAUUUCCCAGCCUCAGUCGGGAAUGGGACGUACCUCUCGGGGUAUCCUCAGACGGAUCUGAAGACGUCGAUUGAGACUGCAGGGGAUUUGACCCAAAUCCAGGCGAUAGUUCAGAUCUCGGGCACACAGUUUGGCGUGAAACCACCAGGCGUCCCGAUGCCAAAGACGAUACGGCUCGAGAAUGAUGGAUACAAAUGUCCUGCACCUGCACAUAAGAAGACGUCGAUGUACGCGUGCUGCGUUCGGGAUCCGAAGUACAAGGUCAAGCGACUGAAAACGAAGCUAUCGCCCCGUCAGAAGGGCGACCUCUCGUUUAGCUACGAUGUGAUCCAAGCCUACGAAAGCAACUAUCUAGCUCAAGUGACGAUUGAGAACGACAGCCCUUUGGGCCGCCUCGACCAUUGGAACUUGACCUGGGAGUGGAUGAGAGGGGAGUUCAUAUACACAAUGAGAGGAGCAUACACUCACCAAAUAGACUACUCGGAUUGCAUCUACGGCAUCGCGGCGCAGUACUACACAAGCAUUGAUUUCUCCCAAGUGAUGAACUGCCAGAAGAAGCCGGUCAUCGCGGAUUUGCCCCGCGAGAGGGCGAACGAUACAAAGAUCGGGAAACUGCCCUACUGCUGUAGGAACGGAAGCAUCUUACCGUCGAUCAUGGACCCGAGCCAAGCGAAGUCCGUAUUCCAAGUGCAAGUGUACAAGCUCCCGCCCGACACAAACCUAACCGCGCUCCAUCCUCCCGAGAAAUGGAAAAUUGUCGGCACCCUCAAUCCUGACUACCGAUGCGGCCCGCCAAUCCGAGUGGACCCAACAGAGUUCCCAGACCCCAGUGGCCUCCAGGCGACAACUUCGGCCAUCGCGAGUUGGCAAGUGGUCUGCAACAUCUCGAGGCCAACGAAAACGACCUCUCAUUGCUGCGUUUCCUUCUCGGCAUACUAUAACGAGUCGGUCAUCCCUUGCAACACCUGCGCUUGCGGCUGCGAUGGCUCGGAUUCGUGCAACCAGAAGGCCCAAGCAAUGCUCCUCCCCUCGGAAGCCCUCCUGGUCCCCUUCCAGAACAGGACGGCCAAGGCCGUGGCAUGGGCAAAGAUGAAGCACUUCCACAUCCCCAACCCAUUGCCCUGCGGCGACAACUGCGGGGUAAGCAUAAACUGGCACGUCUACACCGACUACAAGAAGGGUUGGACCGUCCGGCUCACCCUGUUCAACUGGGAAGAGAUCAAUUUUGAGAACUGGUUCACCGCUAUCCAAUUGAAGAAAGCGGCCCCCGGCUUCCAGAAGGCGUACUCAUUCAACGGCACCUUCUUUCCUGAUCUGAACCACACCAUCUUCCUUCAGGGGCUGCCAGGAUUGACAUUCUUGAUGGGAGAGACAAACGGGACAAACCCAAAGAUCGAUCCUCGGGUCCCCGGGAAGCAACAAUCCGUGAUCUCCUUCGCGAAGAAGCUCACGCCGGGCAUUAAAGUAGCGAAAGGCGACGGUUUUCCUUCGCGGGUCUUCUUCAAUGGAGAGGAAUGCUCGCUCCCUACCUAUUUUCCCACAGGAAAUGGGAAUCUAUGUCAAGUUAGUUUAGCGCAGCUAGUUUUGAUUGUAGUUGUGAUACAUGUGCUUAUGAAUCCUGACCAUUGACAAUGAUUCUUUUGACAUGUUUAGGAGGCGAUUUGUCAAUUGAACCAU